CUUUUGCCGGGGUGUAAGGACGGGAUUUGAAUUGGCGCUGGAUCGAUACUAAAAUUUAAACAUGGACAAUUCAACUCCCAGAUCCUAUAAUAUAAUUGAAUAUUUUGAAUAAUUUUUUUCCCAUAAAUUCAGUUUUUGUUAAGCUACUGUAAUAGGAUCAUAAUUAAUGUUAUUGAGCUCAAAAAUUUAAUUUUCAAAACAAUUUGGUACAUCGAUCAACAAUCGAUGAGAGACCAUCCCACUUUUCUUUAAACCAACAUGGCCGUCCUUCAGUCGAUUUGGUAAACAAUCGGAGCCGAAGCUACAUUGCUCUUAUCUCCAUUUAGGCAUUGCAAUGCCGUAGAUAAUGUAGGCCGACUUUGCCUGGCAUUGAGAAGCUGAAUAAACACAAAAGUUCACCAUGAAUGGAAACGCACCUAAUGAUGAGGCCAAAUCUCGACGGUACAUCCCCAGACCGGUCGGAACCGGCAACGGUUUCCGGCGGCCAAACCAGCAGCAAAACCCGCAGAAAAGGCAACAGCAGCAACCGCAGCAGCAGGUAGAGAGUAGCAGUCCUCCGGCAGGUCAACAGCACGGAGGACGCAAGGAGGCCGGAGCCCAGCACCAGCCAAAGUGUCAAGACACACAGCCGCUGCCACCUAUCAACCUUGAAAUGGUCAAGCAGCUUUGGCUUGAAGCCAAUUUCAUCAUAGUUCUCAGAAAGAGAGCUGUCCAGCAUCCAAACGCACAAUUUUACUGUAAACUUUGCAACUAUUAUUGCAUGUCUUUCAACCACUGUGAACAACAUUCGCAGGAGCAAAAGCACGGGAAAAAUAUCAAGGCUGAAGCAAAGUUGACGACAAUCAAAAACCUGCCAACCCCUACUGAAACUCACUUCGAAGCUUUGACCAGUCUUUUGACUGAAACCUACAAUAAGGAGGGAUUGACCGAUGCCGAUAAGAUCGCAAGAUGUGAAUUUGCAACGGAAGUGGACAAAUUGAUUUCCGAAAAUCUGCCAGGUUGCAAUGUUCAAGUUUAUGGAUCGUCCCUGACUGGGAUAGCUCUGAAGCAGGCUGAUUUAAAUUUAGAUUUCAUUGUGGCCAAAGAUUUGACAGCACCUGAAAUGCUGCAGGAAGCAUAUCAAGUCUUGAGCGCCUCAAUGCUUGCUAUUGAUGUGAAGUCAGACUUCAAUAGUGACAUCCCUUCUAUUUUCUUCACCAAUGAGAACAAGUCAUUGAAUUGUGUACUGAGUUUAAAUCACCACGAUGCUUCCAACACUUGCAAACUCGUGGAAAUGUACACUAAUCUAGACCCCCGGGUGAAACCCCUCGGCAGUUGUUUUAGACUGUGGACCAAGCUCUGCAAGAUCGAUGACAUCCAAAUGGCCAUGUUGCCUUCUUAUUCAUACUCGCUGCUACUCAUUUACUUCCUGCAGCAACUUGAGCCUCCUGUUCUUCCUGUCAUCAAAGAUAUCAAGGAAGAGCUCCCUGAGUGGAAGUCGGAGAACACAAUGUCAUUGGGAGAACUGUGGUACAAACUGUUGCAGUUCUAUGCUGUGGAUUUCCCCGAAUCAAAGAACAUUGUCUGCAUUAGGCUGAAGGAACCUUUGACCAAAAAUGACAAGCAUUGGACUUCAAGGAAAAUUGCCAUCGAAGAUCCGUACCUCCUUAAACGAAAUGUGUCCCGCUACCUGGUCACAACAACCUAUGACUACAUAAUGUCAUGCCUCCUGGAUGCUUACCAGUACUUUGCAGUGCCCCAAACCGACAUUGGACCGCUUUUGGGCACCAUUAGACUACCCAUGGAAAAAUUUCUGCACUUGCCAGAGGUGAAGCUGAAUGUUGUUAGGGCUGAACAGAGUGCCAUGGAUAUGAUGGACAAGGACCUGAAGAGAUUUAUCAAGUCUACUGAAAAUAAAAAGGUCUACUCUGUUGAGGAACUUGAGCGUGGCGUAAACAAAAUGGGUGUCAAGGAAGAAUUCCCCUACGGUUUCUAUGCCUCCAAGGUUGUUACUCCCAGGGUCGCCGAGGCUAUGUGCCAGAGGCUGAGGAAGGAGUCAUACAAAUUUGACUUUAAUGCAAAGAGAUAUGCUCAGGAAGUCCCUGUGGUUUGUAAUAUUUGCCUCAUGGAUGGCCACACACGCAACGACUGCCCUGACACGUACCUUCCACCUCUGUUAAAACUGCCUCCAAUGACCUCGAGAUUCCUCAGAGAACUGGACACUAUUUGCAAGCAAGAAAUGCAAAACUGGCUGCCGUCUGAGGAGGAAGUGACGGAGAGACAGAUAUUUGUUCACAGUCUGCAGCAGCACUUGAAAAUGAAGUUUCCACAUGUGAAACUUGAGCUGUUUGGCUCGUCUUGUAAUGGUUUUGGCUUCCGCAAAUCUGAUCUGGACAUCUGUCUCACAUUUAGCAACAAUCCUACUGGAGAGGGAAUCAAUGAUGUGGCUCUGUUUGAGGAGCUUGGAAACGAGCUGAAGACUUACGAGCACAUCCAAAAUUUACUUACCAUCACUACAGCCAAAGUUCCCAUCAUCAAAUUCACUUACCCGAGGAUCAGGGUCGAGUGUGAUAUUAGUUUGUACAACACGUUGGCACAACGCAACACCAGGAUGUUGCAUCUCUAUUCACAAAUAGAUCGAAGGGUUAAAAUUUUGGGGUAUACUCUGAAACGCUUUGCCAAGCUGUGUGAUAUUUGUGAUGCCUCCAGAGGCAGCCUGUCUUCGUACGCCUACAUUCUCAUGGCUAUUUACUUCCUGCAGCAAUGCGACCCACCUGUCAUUCCAGUUCUUCAGGAGUUGUACACAACUGAAGAGCAGCCUCAGGUCCUGGUUGAGGGAUGGAACACAUGGUUCUUUGACGACCUAGAUCGUUUGGACACUGUUUGGUCUGGAUAUGGAAAAAACACAACUUCAGUUGGAGAACUGUGGUACCAGCUUCUCAGAUUCUACACAGAAGAAUUCGACUUCAACGAACAUGUCAUUUCCAUUAGACAAGAAGAAAAAUUGGUGCGUUUCAAGAAACUUUGGAACUCUAAAUGCAUUGCAAUUGAAGACCCGUUUGAUCUGAAUCACAACCUUGGAUCCGGGCUCUCCAGAAAAAUGAAUAAUUUCAUCAUCAAAGCCUUCAGGAAAGGCAGAAUGCACUUUGGCACACCGAUCAGUAUGGACGAUGUCUCACCUCACUACAGAGAGCUAAGAGAGUACUUGUUUGACGCACGAUACUUGACAGAGGGUCAGGUGCCGAACGAUCGAGGAUGCCGGAUUUGCAAGAAAAUUGGACAUAUUGCUCGUAACUGCCCUAAGCAACAGCUGCAGCAGCAACAGCAGCAGCCAAAACACAAAAACCUAAAGCCCAACAACCAGAACAAACCACAGCAACAGCCAAGACGUGAGAACGAGCCAAGACCUCUGACGGAAACCCAAAGGCAGCCCCCCAUUGCUGCUCCAAAACAGGCGCAGCCUCGUCCACCUCCCCUUCAGCAGCCUAAGCCCCAACAGCCUUUUGGCAGCCAAGGGCCUCUACCAGCAGCAUUCCAACAAGUGAAUGGAGGGAUGGGCACCCCCUCACCACCUUUGCCUGUAAGUCCAACAAAAGGGCUCCCUGGGGUUGCGGCCAACUCGUCGCCAGCCUUUGACAAUUUCAUGCGGCUGAUGCAGCAGAGAGGAGCACCCUCCAUGAUGCAGGUGCCUCCUGGCUUUUCUCCGCAACGGCCGUCUCAGCCUCCAGCUCCCUCCGGUCCAAGUGGUCACGGCCACAUGUUUUUCCAUCCUCGACCACCACAAGCAAAUCCACAACAUGUGUUCCCAAACGGGAUGCCUCCCAGCCAGUUUCCUCAAUAUUUCACUGGGGCGCCGGUUGCCCACCAAAUGAAUUGGCCACAAGCAGGCUUGCAAGGCGGCCAACAGCAGAUGUAUCAGCAUCAGCAACCAUUGCCAAGAGGAAUGGCUCCGCCUUUGGGCCAUCCACAGGCCAUGCCCCCUCAGCAGCAAUAAACCUGCAGUUUGGCAAGGCAGCAUCGGACAACUCUUGCAAUUGUAGACCCCUAUUUUAAUUUUAUCUCCACCUUUUUGAAUUAAUGUGGCCGUCUGAUAUUCUAAUGACAAAAAGCUAACUUGGUGGAAAUUUUUGUUGAUUUUUUUUUACUGAAAUGACUGGACUUUCAAAUGACAAGUUUUAAAGUAAUUUAAACAUAAGAAUUCAUAGAAGACCAAUGCAAGUGACACACAUUUUUGUGCCUUUCUAGUUGUCGCAUUGCAUUUGAAAGUCCUGAAAAUGUUAGCUUGAUUACCUGCUAAAAGUUGUAGAUUUUAUGUUUUACAAGAAAGGCUUGAAAAAGCAGUUUUGGGCUACAAAAUUUAGUGCUGUAAAACAGAGCGCUGAUCCUGUUAACUUAGCAGCUCUCUUUUAAUGUUUUAGAAUUUCAUUUUUUUCCCUUAUUGGGCUGUCUUGUUGGUUCCCUGAAUUUGUUCCUGUUUUUGUUAUUAUUUUAAAAUCUGUCCAACAUGAGGUUUGAAAGUACCUGCUGAUCAGCAAGCAAAUAGUAGGAAUUUGGCUGCACAUUUUCCUGUGCCUCUAGCUAGAAAAAACUUGCCUUUUGUGCUAAAGGCAAUAGGGAUUUUAUUGUGCUUGAGAGUAACAAUUUGAGGGCGUAAAAAAAAUGUACCACAAGGAAGGAAUAAUGUAUAAAAUUAAACAUCUGAUCUCUUUCAAUGAAUAUAUUUUUUAAGAAAACUGUAAUGAUGGGAUGACAGUCAAAAAUUUCAAAAACAAUUAUGGCAUUUAAGUAAUAAACCAAUUAAGUUUUAAAACUGUG